AUGUAUGUUCGCAAGCCCACUCUGGUGCAGGCGCGGCCUUUACAUGUGUCUGAACUUCGUGCGCUUGAAGCUGCGGUUCUGCAGGAAGAGCAAUUUCACGUGGUGGUCAUUGCUGGCUACCUCUUGUUUUGUUUAAUGGCAGUGUGCAGAUUUUCGGAUGCGAUGCACGCGCAGGACUUGUCAAUAUCCCAGUCAGGCAAGACUGUGCUCGUCGAAGCCGGCACCAACGUUCACAAAACAGCGCACACCAAAGAAAGGAAAACCAUGUUGUUACCGCUAGUUGCUUUGGGCCACGUGCUCGACUCGGAGCGCAGUUGGGCCGUUCGCUGGAUGGAAGUGCGUCAACAGCAGAAACUGGACAAGAAAGAGGUUAUUCUGCCUGCAUUUUCUGAACAGCGUGGAUGUUGGCUGGACAGACCCAUGUCAACGGCGGAAGGCAUGCUAUGGCUGAGGGACAUUGUGCAACUCCGCUGCCCUUCAGGUGAGACCCUCACCACGCACAGCCUGAAGACAACGCUUCUCGCAUGGUCCACAAUGUUUGGCGUGUUAGAUUUCCAGCAGCGGCGUACUUUGGGUCACCAUGUAGAUGCUGGUGUGGCCUCACCUCUGACCUAUGGCCGGGACAACGUUGCAGUCCUACAAGUGGCCAUUGCACGCAUGCUCCGUGCUAUAGUGGCGCAUAGAUUCAACCCAGAUCUGUCCCGAGCAGCUAGGAUUGAUAAGGAAAUCGAAGUCUUGACAGCUGAGCUGGACGAAAAUCACAAGCUGGUGGCUUAUGGACCUCUAGACACAGAUGACGUGUCGGACAUCGAAGAAGCCGAAGCAGUUGAAGAGGCUGUGGGACAGGAUCGCGCUAGGCAGAUAGGCUUGCCUGAGGCUGCCAUUGCCAGCCUAGAGGGCCAAAAUCUUGCUACCUUCGGUCAGUUCGCAUUUGUGUCAAGCUUUCAGCCGGGCUCGCCGGAUGAGACGCCUUUUGUGACUGCUUUGACUAAGGUGUUGGGGGAGCCUCCCUCCCCAGGCGACUUGGCAGGAUGGCGACGUCUGUUCUUUGAAAGCCAUACGCUCACAAUGUCCGACCUGAGAAGCCGGCUAGAUCGUAGAGAUGAUGAACCUCCAAGAAAGCUCUUGAUGCCAGAGCGGGCUGAGCGCCUCGAAGCUGCAAAGACUACUUUAGUUGGCCUCACCAUUGACUCACAGUUGGAGCCGGCUCACAAAUUAGUAGAUGUUGUUGUUCAGCAAGCCGAAGAAUCCACCAUCCGAUACAUUCCGCUCAAAGAUUGCCUGUCGCGGGAAUCUGAACUUUUGCACAACAAACAUGAACAGGCCAUUGAGUUCAAGAAUGACGGCACCAUGCGACUGUCCAAACGACAAAAAGAAAUCCGAGCUGACAUUGGAGGUGACCUCAAGGCCAAACUCGCUAUGCAGAGGCGCGCGCUGGCUUAUCAUCUAGCUGGAUUGUGCACAUUCCAGAAACUAGAUUCCAUAAUCCAAAGGAUGUUUGCCCUGCUUACCAAAGAGCCAGUUAAAGGGUUUCGCGCAGUGUCCUUACAACAAGUCAUUUUGGCUGAUCAAGAAAUGUGGAUGGCCGCGGCUCAGGCAUCCAGAGGCACACAUCUCACUGUGCCUGGGAGACCUUUGGAUGACAUCUUGAGCAGAUGUUUCGAAGCGCCAGAGACUCGAUACCAUCUCCUGCCCUUGCCCCUCGUCGACCGAUCUUUGCAAGAUGACGCGCCUGACCCCAAGCGACUCAAGUGGGACAAGAAAGGCAAGGGCAAAGGAAGACAGAGAGGCAAGCCUUCGUUUGACCUGCCCGACAGCUGUCAUCCUGAAACUCAGGUAGGGGACGCAGCCAGCCGGCGUCCCCUGGAGCCCGCAUCCGCGCUGGAAUUUUCAUCUGGGCCGUUGCAAGUCAACAUACCGAAUUCGUUUACAUCAGUAGAUUUUUCCGUUCCUGUUGACCAGCUUUUGUGCAUUGAAGUCUUCGCCGGCGGCGCACAGCUGUCCAAUUCCCUGCGUCAAGAGGGUUUUUCCAUUCUCCCAAUUGAUUGCGCAGUCGGUAAGACGCCCAAGGCGAAACUUUUGCAGUUGGAUCUCACACGACAGGCACACUGCGACAUUCUGGUGCACGCAUUAUCCCACGCAAAUGUGGCGUAUUGUCAUUGCACACCGCCGUGCCAAACCUCCUUGCGCGCAGUCCAUGGUCCUGGUCUUCGGUCAUCCCAACAGCCACUGGGAUUACCUUCUCUCAGCCCACAAGACCGAUCUCGGGUGGCCUCAGCCAACCAGCUCUUUUUUCUGAUAUUGGGUGUUGUCUACAUUGCGGUUAGGAGGGGCAUCCUGGUCAGCGUUGCAAACCCAAGUCGUUCUUACUUCUGGUUAGCUGUAGCAGCUUUGUCCAAGCAGUUUCCUGUUUUGGCCGCUGCCUGGGAUUCUCUGGAGUCUAACCACUUUCAAUCCUGUGCACAUGGAGGGGCCGACUCUACAUGGCAUUGUUGGUAUGCUUCUGCCAACCUUCUCUGCCCGAUUCGUGCCCGGUGCACGCAUGCUCAUGAGGGUGAGACCUGCGCGCCUUGUCUGAAUGCUACCAGGGCGGCAUGCCCGCCUUUGUUGUGCGACCGGCUUGCCACUCUGAUAAAACAAGCUGCAGUCGACCGCGGUGCGGUCCCAACCCCUGAGUGUUUCCCCGCGCGGCCGCAGCCGCCGCCUCUUCGCCAACGGCGCCAGCCUCCUUUGGUGGCCGAAUAUAAGCUCAUCACAGACGCUUGCCCCGCGGCCUCGUGCGAGUACCGGCUCCUCCGCACUCUACCAGUCUUGAAAAAAGGGGUUAUUGAUGGUGGGUUUGAUGAUGCCAGAGGAACUCAGGUAGACUUGUCUGAAAAUUUUGACCCUAGUCAAGAUGUGUACGGGGUUUUCCGGACUCCUGCUGAGUUUGUAAAGGCAGCGCUGUUGGCCAAGCACCCCAUUGAUGCAAUACCUCAAAUUCCUGAUGUGUUGGUCCGCAAUGUAGUUCGGGUGUUGAAUGAUGGGCCCGCCCUGACGAACGCCAAAAGAAAGCUCGCAGUCAAGAAAGUCCAGCGUUUAGCAUUGUCGCUCCAAGCUGGUGAAGUUGAACUACACCAGUCACUUAACCCUGAAAUGCAGGUAGUGCUCAAGGACAAGAAACUGUUGUUGUGGAAGGAACUCAUGACACUGACAGACUUCCACGAUAAAACUCUCUUUGAUGAGGUCACUAAGGGUUUUAGUUUGGUUGGUCAAGCAGCUUUCUCCGAGCAGUUCCCUCACGGAUUUGUGCCUAUGCAACAGACUCCACAAGAGCUUAGGGCUAAAUCCAUUUGGCUCCGGAAGACAGCCGCGGCCAAAUGUACAGCAAGCUUGAAGCCAGAUCUGGACGUGCAGGUUUGGAAUCAGACCUUGGAGGAAUGCCACAAAGGCUGGAUGCGUGGACCUUUUACUGAGACGCGGGUGACUGCAAUGGUCGGCGACCCUUACUGGCUGGCAACUCGACGUUUUGCUUUGGAGCAGAGCGACAAAAUACGACUCAUCGACGACGGCUUGGCCUCGGGCCUCAACUCUUUCGACAGUGGCCACAUCCUCCUUCGCAACAAGGAGGCCCAAGUGGCGUCACUCGUAGGCUUGGUUGAUCAGCUGCUCACAGACGAAAAAGUGCCACCCGGGGUGGCGGCCUCUUUGCAAGGACAGCUCAAUUUUGCCCAAGGACAGUAUAUGGGCUCGGUGUUGAAGCCUGCCAUGCAAUUUCUGGGAAAGAUUGCAGCGCACGGUUGGCACGUUUCCUACAAGCAAGAAUUGGCUGUGGUAGGGUCUUAUAUUGCUACUGUGCUGCGGUGUGCCAAGCCCCGGCAAAUUUCUGUUCAUGAUUCUGCUCGACCAGUACUCUUGUUCACUGAUGGGGCAUGGGAGCCAGAUGCAGCAUCCCCCGCAGGCGCAGGCGUAGUAUGUGUGGACCCACUCACCAACAUAAGACAGGUCCACGAAGUGGUGGUUCCAGAGAACCUACUGCGCCACUGGAAGUCGCUUGGCAACAAGGAACAACUCAUUGCAGAGCUUGAGCUGUUUCCCAUAGUCGUGGCAUUCCAGCAGCUGCAGCCCUUGUUGCAAAGGCGCCGUGUGCUCCUGUUUGUGGAUAACAAUGCGAUAAAGGAAGCCAUUGUCAAAUCCUCGUCGCAAUCACUGUCCUUGUUUGUUCUUCUAGCCGAAUUGUCCAGGUUAUGGGGAGCGAAUGAAUGCCUCUGUUGGGUCUCCAGG